AUGCACCAUGCAAUCUCUAAUAGCAACAACAAAAUAUGGAUCUUCUGGGAUCAGGAAUUCACAGGGUCAAUCCUUGACUCAGAUGAACAACAGGUCACUUUAGAACUAAAACAUGUUGAAGCUUGUGAUACUUUCCACAUCUCUGUUGUCUAUGCCAAAUGUAAACCUCUCUUAAGAAGACCUCUUUGGGAUAAUCUAAGGCUCAAAUCAUCUGAUGCAACUGUUCCCUGGUGUGCCAUUGGUGACUUUAAUACAAUUGCUUCUAUUGAAGAAAAGAUUGGAGGCUUACCUUAUCAGAUCAACAAAAGCAUUGAAUUUCUCAGCAUGAUGGAAGAUUGUGGCUUUACAGAUUUGGGUUUUUAUGGUCCAAGAUACACCUGGUCUAAUGGAAGGGGUCCCUGUGCCAUUGUGUGGAAAAGGCUGGACAGGGGUCUAGUUAAUGAUAGCUGGUUGACAUCUUUCCCUGCCACAACAAUCACUCACCUUGCCUCUGCAGGAUCAGACCAUUCUCCCCUCCUUAUGGAGAUGCAUGUAAGACCUGACUCUGCAAAGAGAUAUUUCAAGUUUUUGAAUUGCUGGACUGAAAAUCCAACAUUCCUCCCUCUAGUCCAAGCAACAUGGGACAAACAGUUUCAAGGGAAUCCUAUGUGGAUUUUCUAUCAGAAAACAAAAGCACUCUGCUCUGAACUGAGUAAGUGGUCAAGACAGGAAUAUGGAGACAUUUUUCAAAAGGUAAAUGAGUAUGAAACAAAAGUCAAAGAAGCUAAAGAAGUCUGGGCUCAAACUAAUUCAGCUUCUGCUAGAGAAGCCCUCCAAAAUCUCAAUGCUCAGUACAUUAAACACCUGAAAACUGAAGAAUCAGUACUGAAGCAGAAAACUCAGUUGCAUUGGUUUAAAGAUGGGGAUGCAAACUCCAAAUAUUUCCACAGUUUGGUUAGAGGUAGAAGAAGGAAGCUGUUCAUACAUAAGAUCAAAAAUGAUGAUGAUUAA